UAGCAAACUGGUUACUCAUAGCUACAGUGUUGCAGAUAUGACUCUUCAGCGUGGCAAAUGCAUUUCAGACAAGCACUAAACCUGAGAGGUUUAGCACUAACCAAAAGGUUAGUGAAAUACUGAUCAUCAGUAACAACCCUCAUCCUCCGUGAUGGGAUAUUAUCAUGACUCCAAUAUAAUAAAAAAGAGCUGUGUAUGUGCUGAUUUCAGUUUUAGCAGAUCAGUUUUGUGAAGUGAGUAUACUUAGCCAUGUUGAACACUAAAUAUAGACUGAAAGGGGCUGUCUGUUUCAUAGCUAUCUUUAUGGGUACUGCAGGACUCCACAGCUUCCUAUGAGACUAGAAGUAGAAAAAGGAACUUCAGAACGAGUUUUCUUCACAUGAUUUUCACUGGCUGAUUUCUUCCAUACUGGCACAUUACCUGAAUGUUGGCUCCAUAGUGAUUGCAUUGGCUGAGGAUGUGGAUGUGGGGAGACAGCAGAACAGAGCGAGCUUUGGUGGGGAUGUGGCUCACAGACUGCUGCCUGGUACCAUGUCAUGUUCUAGAGGAAGGACAGCAGGCACAGCCCUCUGUCCUGAAGUUACUGCUGCACACCUAAAAAUUAUAUACUAGAGAGGAAGAGAAGGCUCAGAAGCAUGUCAAGAGGACAGUUCAACCCUUCUAGGAUUCAGAAAUCACCCUUGGGUGCUUAACACAUGUCAUCAAGGGAGGUUUGCAUCCCAUGAAGUGCUGAUUUAUGUUGGCAGAUAAAAUUGAAUUUGGGAGCUUUAUAAAAUACUAAAUGGAAGAGAACCUGAAUGACAUCCUUUCUGGAAGUGUUAGUGACGGUCUGGCUUUCACUGUGGUCAGGAUCUCACACCACCUCUUACCAAGUACUCACCGUAUUAAAGGAUAAUAUACUAAGACAAUGGAGAAGCCUCCCUUGGAAUUUAACCUGCCUGAUACUCAUGAAGAAGGAAAACUUUACGUAGUUGAUUCCCUAAACAACCUAAACAAGCUAAAUGUUUGCCCAGCUGAAUCCCAGCGUUCACUAGAUCAGGAAGAGAACACUGGUGGUACUGGAGAAAGUGUGGCAGGGAGCAGCACAAGAAACCAGUGUUUGUUCUUCGUCAUCUUUAUUCUUACUUUGAUCGUCAGUUUGGCACUUGUUUCAUUUGUAAUAUUCUUAAUAUUUCAAACUAGAAAUGAGGUGGACCAAAUAUCAAGCAGACUACUAUCUGAAAAGAAGAACAUAGAAGAGCUGAAGAAACUUAACAAUAUUAUAUUAAAGCAUCUGAAUCAAUCCAGAAUUAAGGAAAAGCCUUCUGAUCUUCAUGCUUAGCAUUUUACCCAUGCUGAGCUCAAAGUCCCUGGAGAAUAAAUCUUUGGAAAGGAAUUCAGCAUAUUCAUAACUCAGAUAUUUUCGCAUAUGGCACACAGGUUGCUGAAACAUGGUUGCUGAAACAUUUCUGGAAAAGAUAGCUGAAUGAAAAAUAUUAGAAAAUAGUAUUUUAUCCUGUUUUACGUGGACAUAGAUUUGUCAUACUAAGCCCAUAUAAUUCACAAUAAACAAUGGAUUGUCAGUUUGGGGCAAGAUUUCCAGAUUCCCCGUGCAUUGUAAAUCACAGAGGUAAGGACCUAGUUUUAUUUUAAAUGUGAAUGAUCACAAAAAAUCACGAGUUCUGUUCACAUGAUUCCAGCAUGACCUUGUUCACUUAAGCUUUCUUCUGUUACCUUUGUACAAGCUUUCUGUUUGUUUCUAUUACUAUUUGUAUUUAAGGAUAACUUCAUAUUUCAUAAUUUAUAAAUAAAUCCAUUUCUGGUCUAGAGUUUUGUAGCUUUCCCUUCUGUGCAUCUAAAUAUACUGAUAUAUUAUUAUUUUUGUGAAAAAAAAAUAAAAAAAUCAAAACCAUCCCAAACUUGAAUAACAACAAACCCUUUCAUAAAAUGCCACAAUCAGCCUAAAUUUGUAUUGGCAGAGUGAGUGUCCUAUUGCCUUACAUGGAAAAUGUUUUUAGUGGACUCAGUCUGGUAACGUCACAGCAUCAUCACAGCCACUCUAUCUCAUAGCAAUGCCAAUACACUGUACUAACAAUUUUCAGGUGAAGCCCAAGUGUUUUUAUGAAGAGAUGUGGGGACAAUACUUCAUGUUCUUGUAUUCUGCCCAAUAUUUGCUGCUGCUUAUCAUCAGAGAAGGGCCAGAUGAAAUAUGGUUGGAACUUUCAGGAUUUUAAUGUUGAGUGAUAGCUCAGAGGCUAAAAGGAGCCACCCUCUCUGAAUUUACACAAUUGUGGAGACAGACACCUGAAAGUGUGAUCACAUAAGGGACUGCUGGCUAGCUCUGUCAUUUUUAGUAUUCAGAACCUUCUACUGAAAUAUAUAUUAAGAAGGCUCCUCCAUAAUCAUGCAAUAAAUCGG